AUGUUUACGACAAGAUUAAUAAGAAAAUUAAUACAAAUAGAGUUCAAAGUCAUUAGAUUUAAUCAUUAUAGCACCAAAAUAAGCUACUUUGAAAGUAUUAUUGCCAAAGAAACUGAAAUUGUAACGAAUCAACUCGUACCUGAAAUCAAAUUGCAUUUAAUUACUCAGAAUUGUAGACUCUAUCAUGCCAAGGCCGAUGAAAGUGAAUUACAUGAGCCAUUUUUUGCAUUUUUCUGGGCUGGUGGUAUUGCUUUGACUAGAUACAUGCUGGAUAAUCCAAAUUUAGUUAAAAAUAAGACAUGCUUAGAUUUCGGAUGUGGAAGUGGUGCCUCUUCUAUUGCAGCUAUGAUGUGUGGUGCUAAAAAAGCAGUUGCAAAUGAUAUCGAUGAAGUUUCGUUAAUAGCUGUAAAUAUGAAUGCAAGACUUAAUGAUGUAAAAUUAGAAACUGAUAGCCGCAAUUUAAUUAAUCAUCCUGAUUCCUUUAACUACGACAUUAUCUUUUUGGGUGAUGUAUUUUAUGAUGAGGAAUUCGCUGUCCAAAUUAUUCCAUGGAUUCAAAGUCUCAUAUCUGCUGACAAAAGAAUCAUAAUUGGUGAUCCGGGUCGUCAUGCUUUUAAUGUAUUUUGGAUUAGCUUUGAUAGUACAGAAGCUGUACCAAAAAUAAUAAAUGGUGAAAAUGCGAUGGAUGGACAAUUUCCUCAUAUGGUUCAAUUGUCUAUUAAGACUGCGGAUGUACCACAAUAUUGUGGAGGAAGCUUGUUGAACGAUCAAUGGGUUUUAACUGCAGCUCACUGCUUCAAAAAGAUGAUAUCCGGUAGAGCAUAUCUAGGCUCAGUAUUCUGGAGAGCAAUGCCCAUAAAGUUGAAAUUCAAGGAUGUAAUCAUUCAUCCGCUUUAUAAAAAUGUAAAUGCUCAUGACAUUGCCUUAGUAAAACUUGAGAGGUCGGUGAAUUUCACAGAAUAUAUCAAACCAGUCAGUCUACCAUCGACGUCACAAACUCAAUCUGAAGAAAUUCUUUAUGUUCCGGGUUUUGGAGAGACUAAAAAUGCCUCGCAGUCUAUGCUUUAUUUACGAUACGUUCAAAUGAAAGAAAUCCCAAUAGAAGAAUGUAGUAAGGAGUGGGAAUGGAAAAUCAAUGAGUCACAAUUAUGUGCGAUAGGUCAGGCACAUUUCAAUCAUACAACAUGUCGCGGUGAUUCAGGCUCGGGAAUCAUAGAAAGGGCUGAAAAUAACAUGACAGUCUUAGGAAUCGUCUCUUACGGAGCUCCUGGAUGUCUGGGAAAACCUAAAGUCUUUACGCGCGUAUCCUCAUACCUAAACUUUAUUCUUUCUGUGACUAAAAUAGAAUAA